CAUGCUAACGUGUUAGCAUGGAGCUAAUGUUACAAGGACGGAAACCACACACGAGGAUGCUGACUGCUCCCGUGAAAGCAGAAGCCAUCGCUGAGAGAAAGUCACUCAGGUAUAAAACCUGCUCUGAAACCUACCAGAUGGAGGAAGUUACAGGAGGAGUCGACUUCCUCUAAAGCUGAAGACUCUGCAGAAACCUACAUGAAGCCAAGUUUCACUUCCAGGUUUCCUGCAUCCAAACAGAGAGAAGCUUCAGAAGCAGAUCAGACCUGCAGCUUCAACCACCCGUCCAGAGAUGUGCUGCUCGGUGGCGCCCCCACUGGUCACUUUGAGUCCUGUGAUAUUUUUCCUGCUGCUGGCCGACACCUCGGUGAUGCAGGAAGAACUCUGGGAGGACUACAAAUAUGGCCGCCAAGGACUAGGGAUGAACUGCACCUGGAAAUGCAUCCUAUUUACCAUGCAGUGGCCAGGAGGGUUCUGUGAGUCUCUGUACAACGAGACUCUCUGCAGGAUUCCUGAGACUGUCAACAACUGGACCAUCCAUGGACUGUGGCCUCUUCAUGCUCUGGACUGCUGCGGGUGUUGGCAUAUGUUUCACUCCGACAUCCAGGACCUGGAGGCAGAGCUGACUGAAUACUGGCCAUCAUUAUUAAAAACCAAAUCCCCCUUCCAGUUCUGGAAGGAGGAGUGGAGGAAGCAUGGAUCGUGUGCAGCUUGUGUGGAAGGAUUCAACUCUCCACUAAAAUACUUCCAGAUCUGCCUGAAGCUACGGCAUCAGUUCGACAUCCACAGAUUGUUGGAGGCUGCUGGAAUCUCUCCGUCCUGUGAGCGACCCUACAAGGUUGCGGAGGUGCAGAGAGUCCUGAGUCCACAUCUGGGGGACCGAUAUGAGAUCCAGUGUGUCAAAGACCACAUGGACCGACAGGUGUGGUUCCAGCUGAAGGUCCGUCUGCAUCGCAACUUGACUCUCGGAUGCGAUCACCAUGACGGGGAUCCUGUAGUGGAGUCCGGCCCAGGACCGCGCCCCUCUUCUGGACACCCCUGCCCGCCCGAUGCCCCCUUCUUCUACUUCCCCAUCAACCACCAGCAGCCACAGCGACCCUGCGGCUGAUGGCCUCCAUCACCAGAACAGCCGAACAUUUAACACGUUGCAAAUGUUUCAAAAUAUUCAGCUUCUCUUUUUUAUUUUCUCAAUUAAUGAAAUUGAUCUUUUAUUGGUUUAAUGGUUUAAAUGCUGUAAGCAGAGUGCAGACGGCUCACGCCACGGUGCUUCCUGGACCUUGACCCUGGAAUUUCAUCUUCAGCCAGUCUGGAACCGUCUGGGACCAAACUGGUUCCAAGAAAACUGGAAAGUCAUGAAGGAAAAUCUCUGAAUUCUGCAGGAAUAAAGAGACGGAUUCCGACCGAACACGACUGCAGCUUCUGUUCGAGGUUUAUUAAACCGAUUUAAUCCUUGGGUUUAAUUGAUUAUGAACUAGAGUUUGUGUAAAAUACUAAAUGUUAAAAUGCAGCUUUUUGUUGAUUUUCUUCCGUUUUUCUGCCUGUGAUGAAGUCGUGUUGAGCUUGGAGAAAAUUUCUCUGAAUUUCUAUUAAACAGUUAACAUGUCUGACCUCCAUCAGCAAAAAGAAAUCUGGUUUUCCAGCUGCAGUUUUCCAAAAUACUUGUAAAGAUAUUUCACAACAGAUGAUGAGUUUAUCAUGAAGAAUUUGUUAAAUGAACUAAAAUCUGAGUUUAGACCUAAAACAACUAGAACAUGAGCACUAACUGAAUUUAUCAACAGAAUAACAACUGAAGGUGGGCGACCACACACACAUAUUCUGGGAUUGCCCUGUUAUUCAGGCAUACUGGAAAAGCGUCAAGGAGGAACUUGAGAAAAUUUUGGAGAUGGAGGUCCCAUCAGGCCCUCUGUUUUAUUUACUAGGUGCUAUAUCAAACAAUGUUUUCAGUACAAAUCAAAUAUAUAUUCUACAUAUAUUGUUAUUGGUUGCAAAAAAAAUAAUAACUGUGAAUUGGAAAGCUUUGAAACCCCCAACUAUAACUGAAUGGAAACAGAGAGUCAAACAGGUAUAUAUUAUGGAACAUAUGACCUCUAUUCUACAAAUGAACACUGAUCUUUUUAAUCAAAGGUGGCGUUGUGUUGAAAAGCAUCUGGUAACUUGCUAAAAAGGGUUUGUUGUAUCUGUAAAGCGAAAGGUAUGAUUUCUAAAACGCCUUGUCCUGCAGAUUUUGUUUCACGAAUGUGACGAAAUGUUUUUGGGAAAACAAAAACAUUAUUUUAUUUUCAUUAGUAAUGGUAUUGUAAAGCUGUGUACAUGUCAGGGACAGUUUAAAUGUUCAUUGUUAAACCUUAUAAUGUAAAAAGUAAAAUAAAAAGUAAAAAAAAAAAAA